UAUAACUCGGCGAGUUACAAACUUUCACCGUCGUUCUUCCUGGUACUGCUUCGAGGUCAGUUUUCGCUCUCAAAGACUUAUCGCGUUAAGCAAUAUGGCUGAAUUGACUGCAGAAGCCCAGCUUGUUCAAAAUAAUUUAGAGAAUGUCGAUGGCUUCCAACUGAUGCCCAAACAAGAUACUGCGUGCCUUCCUAACAUGCAGAUGCAGCCCGAAGAAAUUGAAAGGAAAGCUCGGGUGGAUGCUGUUUGGGAGCAAAUGAACAAAGGAGUGUCUACGAGGACCCUGUACUCCAUAAUAAACAAGCCUACCUCAGCAUCAAAUAAAAGUUCCUCAAAAAGUUCCUCAAAAUCGUCAUCUUCUUCUCAACAGAGUUGGAUGACAGUACUGGGAUUGUCCCAAAAGAAACCAUCAGAGCCUGGAAGAAGCACACCAGAGAAGUGUCUUAGGACUACUCAAAAUGAUACUAGCGAGGAGUCAAAGAAGCUUGCUGCUGCUGCACUCUCUGCAGUAAAGGAGGCUGCCACCGCUGCUGCCUCUGCAGGCCGGGUUAAAGUGAUUACUGAAGUGCGAGAUUUUGCUGGUGAAGAUGUUGAAAUAAAGAAAUAUGUUGACCACAAUUCUGCAGAAGCAUCUGAUAAAGGCAAAGGCCCCGCAGCACCUGCUUCUGCUGUUGAUAUCAUCCUUGAACAAAUAAAAAAGAAGCAGAAACUGAGUGUACUUGAUAAGACAAAGAAAGACUGGGAGGGAUUCAAGGGAGAAAAUAGAGGGAUGGAAGAAGAGCUGGAUGCUUACAAGAAGAGUUCCAAUCAGUAUCUAGACAGGGUUGGUUUCUUAGAGCGUGCUGAUUACCGAGAGUUUGAGCGGGAGAGAGAUGCCCGUCUUGCAAUGCAUGCAAAGAGGAAACCAGAAAGCAUGAGAGAAGACUACUGAGAUACUGGAGCCCUGUGAAAGAAGUUGUCGCAUUCUUCUAGCUAGAAAAAUGUGCGUCAGUGGCUUUUGGAGGCCUCUUAGAUUAUAAGUUUGUUCUAUCACUAGCAAAUAUUGCCAGGGGUUUUAUGGGCUCAUGCUUGGGAACAUGUUCUUAAUCUAAUUCCCUUUUCCCCUUCAAUUAACAUUCUUUUACUCAAUCCAAUCCACUUAGUCAGUGGGGAAAAGAUCAGACAAAAGAGCUGUCUUGCGAUGUCAGGUUGAUUUUGUACUGAGAGUAACGAAUAAGUCGGCAUUUCUUUGAGUGCAAGGGCAGCUUCAGUGGA